GGCAUGCUUAUAUUUUGUUAUCACUAUGAGCAGAAAGCCAGUAUCGAGAAUUACAACUACCAGCAGUUUAAUAAACGAAUAUAGAAGUUAUUCAAGGGUUUCUCCAAAUCCUGAGUUUUCUAACCACGGUGCCUGCCAAUUUCCAGCGAGACUUGCAUGCAUAUGCAUUGCAGAAGUGGGUCUUUUUUUGGAAUCUGAAACUGAAGCUCCAGACCCGAAGAGUCCGCUGUUAGGCAUACCUGCUAUCGCUGGAAUGUAGGGAUUUUACCAUUGCAUAUUCCCUCACACUGGCCGGUCCCCCGCAGACACACAGCAUAACAAAGCCAGUGCCCGCUCAAUCUUGGGCCGGUUCGGAUGUUUUGGCCGCAACUUUCGGAAACUGGGUAUCGACAACACACGACAUGGGAGGGAUAUACUGCACAAUUCACUAACCCCCCAGCUUACAUUUGAAGUGAAUCUCUUCACUCACUACGCUUGACCUCGAUACGACGCGUAUAUUCUGGAAUUCCCUCGAAGGACUUCAAUCUUAA